CUGGCAACGUAGAUUUUGUGUGUCGAUUGCACGUUGCGUAAAUUAAAACUAGACGAAACUUUGAGAGCAACAAGGGCUUUUAAAAACUGGCUAUAGGAAAAAAGAAGAUUCUUCAACUCUUAAAUACAAAAGGCAAAAUCUUAUGAUGAAGGUAGCUCAACCCCCUUUGGUUGGUAGUUUCUUUCUACCUUCCUUGGGUCUCGCCGCGUUGUCUUUAAUUGUUGGAUAUUGGGUCACAAGAAAGAAAAAGGACAACAUCAAGAGUGAACUUAACAUAAAUGAAAGCUCUUCUGGCCUGGCAAAUGAAUUGUAUUCAACGCCCACUGCCGAAAAUCCAAAAAGGAAAAAGAAAAAGCAUGUGUGCAAUUGUGGGAGCACACAAGCUUCCAACUUUGAGAAGCAACCUUCUCGAAUAAAAAUCAUGUAUGGAACCCUUAUGGGAAAGAGCAAGAAGUUUGCAGAAAUCUUAUUAGGACAUGUUGCUGAAGAUGGGGUGGAAGUCUCAGUUAUUAACCUAAAGGAAUGUGAUUCUGAAGACAAUUUCGUUGGUUCGGAGGCAAAGGAUACACUAUUUAUAUUUAUUGUUUCAACGUAUGCUGAAGGAUCACCUCCUGAUGAUGCACAGUGGUUCUAUAAAUGGCUUGAAGAUUCUGCAUUUGAUUUUCGAGUGCCAAAAACUUUAUUAGCUGAUGUUAGAUUUUCCGUAUUUGGCCUUGGAAAUUCUUUGUAUUCCGAAAACUACAACGUUAUCGGACGGAACAUUGAUAAUUGGUUAAGCCAGUUAGGAGCGGAACGUUAUGCACCUCUUGGGCUAGGUGAUGAAAAUGUUGCGGAAAGUUUUCAUGGAAACAUAGAAGCCGACUUUGACCAUUGGUCUGAAGGGAUCCUUAAUUUAUUAAAAAAGCCUCAACAUACUACUGUGAAUAAAACUGGCUGUAGUAAAGGAAAUGAUUGCUGCAGCAAGAAAGGAAAGAAGAAAGUUACUAAUUCAUUUCAGAAAAAGAAGAACAAUAUUUUGGAAGAAACAGAUGUUACUUAUGAUACGGACUCCGAUUCUGAUUCGAACGAACCAGUUCUCGAUUUGGAAGAUCUAGGUAGUUUUGUUCGAGUGGAAAAUAAAGCUGUAGAAGACAGUGAAGAAGAAGAAGAAAUGAGUGUGGAAAAUGGCGAAGCCCGUGAAAUGCUAACGCCUCAAUUGCGAGAAUCUUUGACAAAGCAAGGCUAUCGGUUGAUAGGAACUCAUUCGGGGGUUAAACUGUGCCGAUGGACCAAAGCCAUGUUAAGAGGUCGCGGCGGCUGUUACAAGCACACAUUUUACGGAAUUGAAAGCCACCGAUGUAUGGAAACAACGCCUAGCCUAGCUUGUGCCAACAAAUGUGUAUUUUGUUGGCGUCAUCAUUCGAACCCAGUAGGGACAGAAUGGCGAUGGAAAAUGGAUCCAGCUGAAUUCAUAUUGGAGGGAGCGUUGGAACAACAUGGCAAAAUGAUAAAUCAAUUUAAAGGUGUUCCGGGAGUCCAGCCUGAUCGCCUAGUUGAAGGGAUGAGUCCUGUUCAUUGUGCACUCUCGCUUGUUGGUGAACCAAUCAUGUACCCGGAAAUCAACCGAUUCCUUCGAAUGCUUCAUGAGAAGAAAAUUUCAUCGUUCUUGGUUACCAAUGCCCAAUUUCCUGAGGCUAUUCGCCAGCUUGAACCAUGCACACAACUCUACGUUUCUGUUGACGCUAGCACGAAAGAGAGCCUCAAAAAAAUUGAUCGGCCGUUGUUUAAAGAUUUCUGGGAAAGGUUCUUGGACAGUUUACGUGCUCUUUCAGCCAAGGGACAAAGAACUGUCUAUCGCCUGACGUUAGUCAAAGCCUGGAACGUGGAAGAGCUAGAAAGUUAUGCAAAUCUUGUAAAACUUGGAGAACCGGAUUUCAUUGAAAUCAAAGGUGUUACUUUUUGCGGAACUUCCAAGGCUUCAACGCUAACUAUGGAGAAUAUACCAUGGCAUCAUGAAGUAGUCACCUUUGGGGAGAAAAUUUGUACCUACCUUGAAGGCUACGGCUUAGCUGCUGAACACGAGCAUUCCAACUGUAUCUUGUUAGCCAAACGCAGUAAAUUCUUUAGGGAUGGUCGUUGGAACACUUGGAUUGAUUACGAUAAGUUUCAUCAGCUUAUGCGUGAAUACUAUUUGUCUGAAGGAAAAGCAUCAUUUACCUCAGAGGACUAUAUGGCGUCUACUCCUGACUGGGCCAUGUUUGGAAGUCCUGAACACGGCUUUGACCCUCUCGAGAAUCGCUGGCACCGCAAACAACCGAAAAAGGAUAUCAGUGGAUGCUAAAUUCCCGCUACAGAAUUCGGAAACUCAAACUAGUAGAGUGAGAUGCUGAAACAGUUCUUCCGUAAAUGUACUGGAGUUACAAAAAAUAAUACAAUGAUCAAGAGCAAA